GUUUUGUACGCGACGCCCCGACUUCGAUAUUUUCUUUCUCUCCUUCCCUCUCCCUGCUCCUACGCCCUCCGAUCGUUUUUCGCGAACACCAAACCUUAAUCUUACAAAACUACCUUCUACAGAUAUAUAUAUAUUUUUUUUUGGGUCGAGAAAAGCUUUUUUAAUUUUUGUUUCUGUUUGGGCAUUUUUGGUUUGGGGUUGUCUUAAGUUUAUUCCGUUUUCUGAUUCUACUUAGAUCCCAUAUUCUCAUCUCAUAUUCUCCCCUCCUCUCUCUUUCCCUCUUGUUGUUUCGGAUCUAUCUAUGCUUACACCCCCAAAACCCGCUUCUUCAUAUAAUCUGUUUCAUCAUCAACAGCUAUAUCGCCUUCUUCAUCAUCAUCAUCAUUAGCAGUUAAUAACAACAGAGGAAGAAAACAAAAAAAUGGAUUAUGCAGAGAAGAUGCAGAAGUGCCAUGAAUAUGUAGAGGCUUUAGAGGAAGAAAAGCGUAAGAUUCAUGUCUUUCAACGCGAGCUUCCUUUGUGUUUAGAGCUUGUCACGCAAGCGAUCGGGGCAUGUCGGAGGGAGUUAUCGGGUACGACGACGGAGUACAUGCAUGGGCAAUCGGAGUGCUCGGAGCAGACGUCCUGUGAAGGAACUAGACCUGUGCUUGAGGAAUUUAUUCCCAUCAAGAAGACUAACUCUUCUUCUGAUAAUGAUAAAGAUAAUAAUGAUCAAGAGAAAUAUUCAUACAAGCGAAACAAGAACAGCAACACCAUCAACGACAAGAACAGUAGUGAUCAUAAGAAGAAAUCUGAUUGGCUUAGAUCUGUCCAGUUGUGGAAUCCAUCCCCAGAUCCAUCUCCCAGAGAGGAUGUGCCUAGAAAGGCAGUGGUGUCGGAGGUGAAGAGGAAUGGGGCUGCAUUUCAGCCAUUUCAGAAAGAGAAAACUACAGGGAAGAGUAUUAAAACUAUUGCCAAAACCCCAUCCUCAGUGCCGGCUUCGGCAACCAGUUCGACGGCGGAUACGGGAACAGAAGGUAUUGUUGCUGGAAGUAGCAGAAAAGAAGAGAAAGAGGGGGAAAGUCAAAGAAAGCAAAGGCGGUGUUGGUCACAGGAGUUGCAUAGGCGCUUCUUGCAUUCCCUUCAACAGCUUGGUGGUUCACAUGUUGCAACGCCAAAGCAAAUCAGGGAGCUAAUGAAGGUGGAUGGACUGACUAAUGAUGAAGUGAAGAGCCAUUUACAGAAAUACCGUUUGCAUACAAGAAGACCAAGCCCCACAAUCCACAAUAACAGCAAUCCACAAGCACCUCAAUUUGUAGUUGUUGGGGGCAUAUGGGUGCCACCACCUGAAUAUGCAGCAGUGGCUCCAACAACAGCAUCAGGGAAAACAGCCACCAUAGCUGCUGCAGCCAACGGAAUCUAUGCACCAGUGGCUGCACCGCCACCCACUGUCCCUCAAACGCUACAAAAGCAGCAACAUACGCAAUCUGAGCAGAUGCAAUUAGAAGAAAGAGGUAGCCAUAGUGAAGGUGGUUUUCGUGCUAAUUCCCCUGCUACAUCUUCCUCCACGCAUACCACCACAAAUUCCCCUUCGUUUUGAUCAUUAUAACAUGAAAAUGGUGUAAAAUUUUGUAACCAAAUAAUAGAAAAAGCCUAUUAUGUGACAUAGACACCAUUCGAAUUGAGACUUUUUUUAAUUUAGGUAAUUUUAGGUGAAUUAGCGUGCCAUUUGAAUAAAUGGGUCCCUUGUACUUCA